UGUCUUUCUCUCGCAGAUGACAGGUUCCGGUUGGGGAAAUUUGAACGCUGUUACACAGUCAGGUCGAGCUGCUGGUUUAAAGCGCGAUAGAUCACAUUCAGUUUUACGAGAUUUCACGUGGCGAUGGAUCCUGGGACUGUAUCGCUGUUUCAGAGAGUCUCCGAAAAGCUGGGCUGGGACAGAGAUGGUGGUCUUGAUGGAGCUGAAGAGAAGUUGAGGAAGAGCUUGAAGAAGAACAGUCGUGACUCUAGCACAGAUCCAGCUCACAGACGGCUGCUGUCUGACGCUGAUGGCUCGGGGAAAGAGAAUCAGUCUCAAGAAAAGCAUCUGCUAUUGACGUCGGAUGAGGAGGAACUUGAUAAGUUUCUCGCUGCAAAGGCGACCCCAAAAUCUACAUUUAAACAGUCUGCAUUAACUGCCCAGAAACCGAGAGAACCAAUUCCAGUUCUGUCUUCAGAUAGUGACGAUGAAUUUGAAACGUUUUUAAUUCGAGUGAAAACCCCGAAGGCUAAAGUCCAUCCGGAGUCUGUGAGUAGCAGUGAUGACAGUUUGAAACGCUUCAUAGUGGACAGCAUGUCAUCUGAUGAUGAUUUUGUCAUUGAGAGGAAGCCUUCCGUUAGUAAAGGGAAAGCCAAGACUGCUAGAACUCCUAAAUCAGUUCAGAAGCCAGAGAAACGGCCUCCAUCUCUCUGUGAUCCUCCUGUCUUCCUGAGCGACAGUGAUGAUGACGGUGACGCUGUUAUCAAGAGCUCCUGGAGGACCAGACACAGCCACCCACCUUCUGAGGAACAUCACGCCACAAGUACAGGCAGAGAGGAGACCGCAAAGCCUUGUGUUCUCCCCCCAGCAAUCACAGUGACGACACACGCCCGUCCAGAGGACACAUGCAGCUCUGAGGAGGAGUUCCAGUCCUUAUUGGACCGAGUCAGGCAAAAUCAGAAUCUAGGAGGCAGCACACAUGCAAGCCCAAAGCCACCUCCAGAAUCCAAACCACGACCUCCCUGUUUGUCGACACCAUCUGCCGUGGGUAAGAAAGCUGCUAACCAAGUACCGGUUAAAGGAUCGUCCACAACCCACACCCCAGUGCAGCAGACGCCCCGCAGCAGACCAGUGAGCCACACUGAGUCCAGAGCUCCACCCAGCAGCAGAGUGGUGGUGUGUAAAACUCCCGGCUGCUUCCUGCAGUCUCUGUCUGUUCCUGGAUCGUCGUACUGCCGCAGCUUCAGACUCAACAAAGAGGAGCUCACAAACAAACUCUUCCAGCUCUACAACACCAGCGUGUUUGGCAGUGUGCUUCCCGCUGACAUGUCUGUCUCAUGGAACAAGAAGAUGCGCAAGACAGCAGGAUAUUGCAUCUCAGGCCAGGAGUGCGGCUCUGGGGAACGAUAUGCCCGCAUCGAGCUGUCUGUCAAAGUUUGCGACUCUGCAGAUCGGUUACGGGAUACAUUAGUCCAUGAAAUGUGUCAUGCUGCCACAUGGCUAAUAAACAAUGUUGAUGACGGGCACGGGCCGUUCUGGAGGCUUUAUGCUCGUAAAGCGAUGCUGGCUCAUCCUGAGCUACCGAUGAUUUCCCGCUGCCACAGUUACGACAUCAACUACAAGUUCCAGUAUCAGUGUGACCGCUGCAAGAACACCAUCGGCCGCCACUCUAAGUCCCUGGACACCACAAAGUUUGUGUGUGCUCUGUGUGCUGGGCAGCUGGUUCUGCUGACUCCCUCGAAGCCGCGGGCGCCCACGGCCUUCGCCACCUUCGUGAAGGAGAACUACAGCUCCGCGAGACAGGAACUGGAAGGCCACAGUCACGCUGAGGUAAUGCGCAAACUCAGCGCCGACUUCGCCAGCAAAACACGUCUCAGUCAGAGCUGAUCUCAGAUCAGACACCUCAAACAUCACGACUGCUGCAUCAGUUUGAGUUCUGUUCAUAUGCAGUGUCAGCUUACAGGGAAUGAAAUAGACUUCUGUGGGCAUGUCAGCCUCCAUCAGACUAUUUCUAUUUGUUUUUAUACUGUGAAAUGGUUUUAUUUAUGGUUAAUGGCUAUAGAAGUCUUAAGAUAUAUGAGCCAUAUUCAUAUGUUUAUUUACUCCCUUGUUGCUAAAUCUUAAGAUCAAGUUAUCAAAGGGAUAUUCGUGUCCUUUUUUUUGUAUUUGUGUGUC